GAAUCGCUUUUGUUUUUUGAGUUCCAUUGAAGAUGUUGAAAGUGAAGAAUUUUCUUGGUUCUAGAUUAAAGUCCUUCCCAACAAGAAAUGGAAAGUCCGAGAAGGAAUGUUGUCGUAGCUUGACGUCGAAGCUAAGUGUUAAUGAAGAGUACAAGGAAGCAUUCAGAACAAACUCCUACUUAGAGAUUCGGACAAAAGCAGAAGAUCAAUUAGGCAUAACAACAUCAUGUAGCAAACUCUCUUCUUCUUCUCCUUCAUCUUCAGAUCUUAGCUUCCAUUCACACUUCACCGAUUACUUGCUUGACCCUCCUCAAGUAACUCUAGAUGCUCUGAUGCAAGACUCGAGUUUCGACAAUCUUCUAGUUAAUUUUUUCGACUUUAGCUCCGAAGCUUGUGACGUGUGUGAGACUCUUCUUCAAUGCAUCCAACAAAUCAAGAUCAAUCACAACAAAAUCAAAAGGGUUAUCACGAUUGGGAAAAGGGUUUGUAACGGUGCUAAAACCUUGGAAUGUAGUCCUGAAAAGCUUUGUGCUUUGAUAUUUCAAGAGCUUUCGAGAUUUGCCGCGCUGAAGAACCCUUUGUGUUGUAUCAUCAAUGAAGCUCAGUUUCGUGUAGUUCACGAUGCAAACUCGGAUUUGCUUACCAAAUUGACAUCGAAAAGGAGAAGAAUCAGAAGAAAAAUCAGGUUCUUUAGAUUCUCCAAGAAGCUAGGAGGUUAUAGCUUAGUGAUUACUCAUAGCGCGAUUGUCAUUACAUUGCUGAUCAUAGCUCUUCACAGCAUACUCGGCGUUUUAGCAGCUCCUGCGUUGCUCGGUCUAUGUUCAUUGGGUCUUUUAAGGAAGAAGAAAGCGAAAGGAAGAAUGCAUAAGAGCAAGACAGAUACAACUCUAGAGAAGCUCGGGACACAAAUAGACAUUGCAGCUAAAGGAAUGUUCAUAUUGAUGAACGAUUUGGAUACAUUGAGUAGACUUGCCGGGAGAUUAUGCGAUGAGAUAGAGCAUAGAAAAACCGUAGCUGCGAUGUGCGCAAAGAGUAGGAAGAUUGAAGUGUUAAAGGAAGCAUUGAGGGAGUUUAAUGGACAUGAAGAAAAAUUCUCAGAUCAAUUGCAAGAGCUUGAAGAACAUCUCUACCUCUGUUUCCACACUAUUAACAGAUCAAGAAGGCUAGUGUUAGCGCAAAUCACAGGAUAAAUUUCUUGAAUCUUGAUCUUUAAUUCUUUUGGUUCAUCUAAAUAAUAAAUACUUUUGUAGGGUUUAUAAACUACUUAUUAUACUAAAUCUGUAAGUGAUUGUUUAUGUUUCAAGUGAAACUGAGGCCAUGGAAGUAAACUAUUUAUCACAAU